AUGAUUCGGAAGAUUGUUCAUGUCAACCUCAAUAUCAAGGCGGCGCGUACAUAUGUGCCAUACCAAGAGCUGGAGAAUAAAGCGAUGCUCGUCGGCUUCCUGGAAAGUCCAGAUCUCUUCAUUGACCACAUCCGCCGUUACACAAACUCUUUGACCACGCAGAUGAUCUUCGGGUUCCGCACCACAAGCAUCGACGAUCCCAAGUUGAAACAACUCUAUUCCGGCUUCGAGAAGUUUUCCGAACUCAUGGGUGAGACUACAGCAAAACUAGUCGACCUCUUCCCAAUCCUGCGCUCACUACCCGACUUCGCGCUUCCCCUACGAAAGUACGCAAAGGAAUUGCACGAAAAAGAGAGUGAGCUAUACGUCGGCCACUGGCUAAACGUAAAGAAAGCAAUCAAAAACGGGACUGCCAAACCCUGCUUCUGCGUCGACCUAGUACGCGCGCAGGACGAGGAGAACUUCUCAGAUGAGCUCGCAGGUUACGUGAGCGGCUCGUUGCUAGAGGCAGGAUCAGACACCACAUCCGCCACGCUCAUCGGCUUCAUCCAAGCCAUGAUCCUCUUCCCCACCGUCUCCGCCACCGCCCGCUCAGAACUCGACCAUAUCUGCGGCCCCCGCCUCCCCACCCUCUCAGACUUACCGCACCUCCCCUACAUACGCGGCUGCGUCAAAGAAAGCAUGCGCUGGAUGCCCACCGCCAUCCUCGGCGUCCCCCACGCCGUAAUCCGGGAUGACGAGUACAUGGGGUACAAGAUCCCCAAAGGCGCGGGUGUGUUGUGGAAUGUUUGGGCCAUCCAUAACGACCCCGCUCGGCAUGCUGAUCCGCGGAGAUUUGAUCCACAAAGGUAUUAUGAGGAUGGGCAGACGGCGGCGGAAGCGGCGAAUAACGCUGAUGCGGAGAAGCGGGAUCAUUUUCUUUUUGGGGCGGGGCGGAGGUUGUGUCAGGGUAUGCAUAUUGCGGAGCGGUCGCUGUUUCUGGCUAUUGCGCGGUUGCUUUGGGCGUUUGAGUUCCAUCCCGCGAGUGAUGGGGAGGGCGGUGUGCUUAUGCCUGAUGCAGAUGAUUUGACGGAGGGUAUGUUGGUGCAGCCGCGUCCUUUUCAAGCGAGGAUUGUGCCGAGGGAUGGGGGGAGGGAGAGGGUUGUGAGGGAGGAGUGGGCGAAGAUGGGGGGGUUGCUGGACGGGGAGGGGCAGUGGAGGGUUUUGCCUGAGGGAUUGAUCUGGAAGGCGUAUGAUAGUGCUGCGAAGACUGGGUGA